CACCUGGCGCAGCACGCCGCCUCCGGCCGCCUCUUCGUGGCUGGCGUGAACCGGCUGUGGCGGCUGGACUCGGCGCUGACGCAGCUCUCACGGCUGGAGACGGGGCCUGUGCAGGACAACGUCACAUGUCCCGCGGCCGGCUGCCCGGCCGGCGCCGCCACGGCGCCCACCGACAGCUUCAGCCAGCUGCUGCUGGUGCUGGACGAGAGCCGGCAGCUGCUCAGCUGCGACUCGGUGCGGCAGGGCGCCUGCUGGCUGCGGCCGCUGGACGAGCCCGGCCGCGCCCAGUUCCUGGCCGUGAACGUGGCGGCCAACCAGCCGGACGCCACGACGGUCGGCCUGGUGGCGCCCGAGCGCUAUCACCGCUGGCAGGGCGAGCCGCUCGCGCUGUAUGUGGCUGCCACGUUCACGGACGCCGGGCCGUACCGCCACGACGUGCCGGCCGUGGCCACGAGGCGGCUAGAUGACCUGCAGUACGCCGAGAUCUCGUUCUCACAGCAGUCGCUGCUGCGGAUCGAUGUCAAGUACCGCGAUCAUUUUCUAGUGCAGUACAAGGCCGGCUUCGCGGCCGGGGACCACGUGUACUUCGUGGCGGUGCAGAAGAAGUCGCACCUGCCCGGCCAGGACGAGGUGGGGUACAUUUCGCGGAUAGCGCGCGUCUGUGUGACGGACCCCAACUACAACAGCUACACGGAGGUGACAGUGGAGUGCGGCGCGUACAACCUUGUGCGGUCGGCCCGUUUGACCUCGGCCGGCGCCGACCUGGCCGCCGCGGCCGGGGUUAAGACCGGCGACCCGGUGCUGGUGGCAGUGUUCUCGCCCAGUGACGGCAACACGAUGGUGUACCAGAACAAGUCGGCCGUCUGUGUGUUCCCUCUCCGUCAAGUGGACAAGGCGCACGACGAGAGCAUCAACAUGUGCUUCAACGGGACAGUGCCCUACCGAAACAUGGAGUAUAUAUCCGGAUUAAUCGAGAACGGGAUGUGCAUUCAGUCGUCGGUUCAGCUGACGAUCCGCACGCUGCCGGCGCUGCCGCCGGGCGCCAAGUACCAGUGCGUGUUCGGCGAGACGCCGGCCGUGCCCGCCGGCGCCGACCACGUGGCCGUGCCGCUCUCGGUGCGCUCCUCCGAGACCAACAAGGACUUCGUGUCGCGCCAGUUCUCCUACUACGACUGCUCUCCGGCACGCCACAACCCGUCGCCGCUCGUCACCCACGGCGGCGCGUUCUGCCCGCGCUUCAAGCCGUCGCCGACGCCGAUCCUGCUCGCCAACGGCCGCCGCAGCGAGGUGGCGGUGCAGGCAGAGAACCUGCCGCGCCCCGAGCCGGGCGGCGCCGCCGUCUUCCACUGCAUCGUCGAAAUCGAGGGCGCCAAGAUGCGCGUGCCCGCCCGCGUAGAGCGCGGCGAGCGAGUUAUCUGCGAGAAGACCUCGUACUCGUACCAGGCGGCCGAGAGUGAGCUGACGGCGCGGCUGACGGUCGUCUGGGACGGCGACCGGCUGGUGGACGCCACCAACGUGACGCUGUACAAGUGCGGCGUGCUCGGCAGCCACCGCGGCCACGCCGACUGCUCGCUCUGCGUGACGCGACCAUCGCGCUACGAGUGCGCCUGGUGCGGCGACGCCUGCUCGCACCGCGCCGACUGCGGCCAGGGCGCCGCGCUCGAGUGCCCCAAGCCACGCAUCGACCUGAUCUACCCGCUGAGCGGGCCGGUGGAGGGCGGCACGCUGCUCACCAUUGAGGGCUCGAACCUGGGGCGGCGCGCGGCGGACGUGCGCGACCGCAUCCUCGUCGGCGACGUGCCGUGCGCGCUGGUCGAGUACCAGGUGUCCGUGCGCAUCGUGUGCCGCACGGGCGCCACCGCGCACCCCAUGAACGUGGCCGUCGCCGUCGGCAACCACGCCGGCUUCGCCGAGUCGGCCGUCAAGUACAGCUACCACGACAUCCAGCUGUUCGACGUGCACCCGCGCACGGGGCCGGAGAGCGGCGGCACUCGCCUCACGCUCUCCGGCGGUCACCUGACGGUGGGUUCGCGCGUGCGCGUCUGGCUGGACCACCUGCCGUGCGCGGUGACGCAGGGCCCCGGCCAGCUGAGCUGCGUGACGGCGCCGUCGGACGGCACGCGCUCCGUGCGCACCCUCACGCUGCAGAUCGACGCGGCCAACCGUACUCUCGUCGGCAACCCGUUCAACUACACGAGCGACCCGAGCGUGCUGGAGAUCAAGCCGCUGCGGUCGCCCGAGUCCGGCGGCCGACUUAUCAUGGUGCACGGCACCAACCUGGACUCGAUCCAGGAGCCGCAGAUGACUGUCUUCCUCGACGACCAGCAGAAAGUGCUCAACGCCACGGUGUGUCGGGUGCUGAGCAGCUCCCAGAUGCAGUGUCCGUCGCCGCCGGUGGACCCGCGCGCCGUGCGGGGCGCGGGCUGGCGCCGCGAGAUCCGCGGCAAGCCGUCCAAGUACGCCCGCUCGCCGCGGCCGCCGCACGACGACGUGCUCAGCCUCAACAUCGGCUUCAUCAUGGACAGCGUGGCCGGCGUGCGCAACCUGAAGCAGCACAGCGCGCUGAUGCGGAGCACGCUGCUGUACGUGCAGGAUCCGGUCGUGAUGCCCUUCCCCGGUCGCGUGAAGCUGUACAAGGGCGACACGCUGGUGAUCGAGGGCCAGAACCUGAACCUGGCUGCCGACGAGUCGGACAUGCGGGUGCUGAUCGGCACGCACUCGUGCAACGUCACCUCGCUGGCGCUCAGCCAGCUGGUGUGCACGCCGCCGGCGGUGCAGCCGCCGGGCACGGACGACCUGGGCCGGCCGACGCCCGAGCAGGUGCCGCUCGUGGUCGUGCGCGUCGGCGAGAACCUCCGCUUCCCGCUCGGCCUGCUGCGCUACGAGAUGAUUAAGCCGUACACGUUCCCGCCGGAGGUGGUGGGCGGCAUCGCCGUCUCGGGCGUGAUCCUGGUGCUGCUGUCGGUGGUGAUCCUGGCCGUCUACCGGCGCAAGUCGACCCAGGCCGAGCGAGAGUACAAGCGCAUCCAGAUCCAGAUGGACACGCUCGAGAGCAACGUGCGCAUGGAGUGCAAGCAAGCAUUCGCCGAGCUGCAGACGGACAUCACGGACCUCACGGCGGACCUCGAGUCGACCGGCAUCCCGAUCUUCGACCAUCGCACGUUCGUGAUGAAGGUGUUCUUCCCCGGCGUAACCGACCACCCGAUCCUGGCCGAUCCGAAGCUGCGCGUGAACGGCACGCGCACCAACUUCGACACGGCCAUGGUGCAGUUCGAGCAGCUCAUCAACAACCGCUACUUCCUGCUGACGUUCAUCGAGGUCCUCGAGUCGCAGAAGUCCUUCAGCAUCCGCGACAAGGUGAACGUGGCGUCGCUGCUGAUGGUGAUCCUGAUGUCCAAGAUGGAGUACGCGACCGAGAUCCUGCGCCUGCUCCUGCUGCGCCUCAUCGACAAGUCCAUCAGCUCCAAGUACCCGCAGCUGAUGCUGCGGCGCACCGAGUCGGUGGUGGAGAAGUUCCUCACCAACUGGAUGGCGCUCUGCCUGUACGAGCACCUGCGCAGCGACUCGGCCGCCAGCCUCUUCCUGCUGACGGCCGCCAUCAAGCACCAGGUGGAGAAAGGUCCGGUGGACGCGCUCACGCACGACGCGCGCUACUCGCUCUCCGAGGAGCGCCUGCUGCGCGAGCAGAUCCCGCACAGCACCGUGACGAUACACUUGGUUCAAGAGGAUCCUCAUUAUGAAAAGAUUCCGUACCAGAUGUACCAGACCCUUCAAAUCGCUCCUGAGGAGCUGGAGGAGAAAGUUCAGUGUCGCGUGCUGGACUGCGACACCAUCAACCAGGUCAAGUCGAAAAUCCUGGACGCACUCUACAAAAACACCCCACACACGCUGCGGCCUUCGAUUCACGAGGUCGACUUGGAGUGGCGCCACGGGCGCGGCGGCCACCUGACGCUGGCCGAUGAAGAUCUGACGAGCAAGAUGGUGGACGGGUGGCGCCGUCUCAACACACUGGCUCACUACGGCGUCAAGGACUCUGCCGUGAUGUCGCUGGUGCCCCGGCAGGCCUCCCAGGUCUCGCCCGCCACCAGGAGUCCCUACUCGAGCGUCUACUCGAUCCCGACAUCGGUGUCGCCGUCACAGAACGGCACGCUGCGCAAGGUGAACAUGUACCACCUGGUGCGGCCGGCCUGUGAGUACGCCAGCCAGCGGAGCGAGCGCUCCCACAAGGCCAUCCCCGAGAUCUUCCUCACGCGCCUGCUCUCCACCAAGGGCACCAUCCAGAAGUUCGUCGACGACCUGCUCACGACGAUCCUGGACGCGGGCGAGACGCUGCCGCCGGCCAUCAAGUGGCUGUUCGAUCUGUUCGACGAGGCGGCGCGGGUCCACGCCGUGCCCAACGGCGAGGAGGUGACCUACGCCUGGAAAUCAAACUCGCUGCCGCUGCGCUUCUGGGUCAACUUCAUCAAGAACCCCGACUUCCUGUUCGACAUCGACAAGUCGGUGACGGUCGACUCGUGCCUGACGGUGAUCGCGCAGACCUUCAUGGACGCGUGCUCAACGUCCGAGCACCGGCUCGGUAAAGACUCGCCGUCCAACAAGCUGCUGUUCGCCAAGGACCUACCGCACUACCGGUCGCAAGUUGAGCGUUUCUACCGCGACGUCAACGAGCUGCCGACGGUGACGGACCAGGAACUGAACUCGCACAUGCAGCGGCUGUCAGUGGCGCACCUCGGCCAGUUCGACGUGAUCGCCGCGCUCAAGGAGCUCUACAUAUACGUGACCAAGUACUUUGACGAUGUGAUGAAGGCGCUGGAGUCGGACGAGCACUGCCGCCGCCUCCACCUGCCGCACAAACUGGAGAACGUGCAGAGCACCAUGGAGGGGGAGGAGACCUCCAUGUGCUAGUGGCGCGCGCUGUGAGCGGCGGCGGCGGCGCCGCGCCUUCGUCCAGGGGUCGGGGUCGGGCGCGCGGACCGUUCGAGGCACGGGUGUGAUGUCGGGACGCCGGAUCGGGCGCUGGCCCGUCGCCUCGUCCCAGUCGUGCACUCUCUCGGAGGUCCGCCGCGCGGUUUCGGUUCUCGUAGUGCCUGGGUGUCGUUGGGGCGUUAGUCACUGAGCGUUAGUCACGGAGUGCUCUCGCGGCGCGCUAUUCCAAUUGCAGAAUCGCCAAAAUGAACCGUGUACAGAUUUUAUAAGCUGUGAUAUAUUUCAUUGAGGAAGGGAUGGGGCGCGUCCGUGCUGCUCUGUCGCGGUGGAAUGCGCCGGCGCUCCGCGGUUGUCUGUCUCGUGUUCUCUUGCCAACUGCAAUGCCAAAUGCGCCGAGAUCGUGGGGGCAGCGUCCAAAGCGUGUUAGUGGCCUAUUGUUUGUUGUCCAUCCAGCGAAGCUCAGUUCUUUGCGACCCGCACAAUGCUCGGGACCGCCUGACCGUCGCAGCUAGCGGGUGGCUCGCCGGCCGACCGCGCUGCCGGCGUCCCUGCUGGUGGCUUCUGUGGUAUCUGCUCAGUGUGCGGCACGGAGGCGACCCACGACAGAGUGCGCCGCCGAACCCUGGCGGCGAGCGCCGCAACUAGUCCUUAUCGCGUGCGUUCGCGCCGCGCGCCGGUGUACUUAAGUCUAGGCAUUUUAUAUUUUGUAAGCCGUGCAGGAUCGAUAUGUUAUACGCUGCAAUGUUUUCUUGUAUUGUGCAUUGAUUUUGUACAAAAUGAUAUUUAUAAAAUGUAAAUAAAGUC